UACCAUUUUAUCGAUAAAAAAAUCAUGUCGAUAUUGUAAAGGUACAGCACUUUCGAGUCAUUACACCGGCGUACGCCGCAUGCGACGCAUGUGUGUAGAGUGUUACGUAACGUGACCUUAAAAAUGUUGUUCUAUGUAUUAGUGUGCGCGUUUGCAUUUGCACAUGCUCAAGAACAAAAUAGUCCGGCAGUAAAUACAACACAAGGAUGGAUCCAGGGCUCAUUGGUAACUGAUGGCAACUACCACGUCUUUUAUGGAAUACAUUACGCUGGUUUUGUAUCAGGAGGGAACAGGUUUAAGGCGCCGCCUCCUCCGCCCUCAUACCCUGGUGUUUUCCACGCAAUCAACAGCGGUGUGAUAUGCGCCCAUCCCACAUCCAGAGGCAUCGUUGGUGUCGAAGAUUGCCUGACCCUCAGCAUUUACACUGCUAAUCUGACCGCCGCUCAGCCGGUACUGGUGUGGCUGCAAGGUGAAGAGUACACAACUACUGACACUACGCUACAUUCUUUCAAGAACUUCGUCGACAGAAAUGUGGUGGUGGUCAACGUAAAUUACCGCCUGUCGAUCUUUGGAUUUCUAUGCCUAGGUGUACCAGAAGCACCGGGCAAUGCCGGUCUUAAAGAUGUUGUUCAAGCAUUGAAAUGGAUACAAGAAAACAUUGCUGGAUUCGGUGGAAAUCCCAAUAAUGUUGUCCUCUUUGGUCAUGGUUCGGGCGCAGCGAUGGUUGACCUCCUCACUCUGUCGCCUACCGCAGAAAAUCUUAUGCACAAAGCCAUCACUCAAAGUGGGUCUGCAUUGUCCCCCGGAGCUAUCUCGUAUAAACCUAUUGAAUACGCUGAAGCUUUGGGCGCUAAACUUGGCUACACAGGAAAAUCAAGAGAAGAAUUAGCAAGACUAUUAACAACAACAGAUAUAACUUUAUUAGCCACAGCUCUCACAGAAUUUGAAUUCUUCAAUAACACAGCUUUGUUCGCUCCUUGCAUUGAGAAUAAUGUCGAUAGUAACAAUACAAUUAUUUCCGACGCUCCAAUUAACAUUAUCCGUUCUGGUAAUUACAGUCAUAUACCUUAUAUGGCUGGAUACACAAACAAAGAAGGAACUAUAAGAGCUCAUGAAGCAGCUUACAGCCAAUGGUUAGGAAAGAUGCAGACAAAUUUCGAUGACUUUAUCCAAGUAGAUUUAGAUGUUGCAACAAAUUCAAACAAGACAGCCAUUGUUGAAUCAAUAAGAGAGUUUUAUUUUUCACAACAAAUAAUCAAUAUGAAAACUAUCGAAGAUUAUUUAGAUUACCAUGGAGAUACAAUGAUUCUUGUGACAGCUAUUAGAGGAGUGAGGGAGAGAGCGCUCACGUCAAAAGCUAAAGUUUACCUUUAUGAGUUUGCUUACACAGGAUCGUUAAAUUCCGACUGGCCCUUGCCGCAGAUACCACUAACUGGUGUCAGGCACGGAGGACUUUUAAAGUACCUGCUCAAUAUCAAUUUAACCCAAAUUGAGGGAUUUAUGAGGGAAACAGUUAUGAAACAUUAUUUGUCAUUUAUUUACAAUGGGACACAAGCUAUUCCGUACGACUCGUUAUGGGAUCCUAUAUCAAGCUCCAGAUUUCCAUAUUUAAUAAUAGAAGGUGGGGAAUAUGCACCAAAUUUGUCCAUGUCUCGUAUACAACAGAGGUACAAUCCCCAUGAAAGGACUAUGUCAUUCUGGAACGAUAACUACGCAAGGCUGUACGUUGCCCCAUCUCCAGUAUCGUCAGCGGCAAAACUUAUAAGUUUAUUCCUACUUGUGGGUCUAUUUCAACUAUUGUUAAAUGUACUGUAAACGGAAAUUUUGUACUAUGCUGUACUAUACUCGAUCCUAAGUGGUAUGCGAAUUUAAUUCCUUGGCUGACCUUUUAUACUUUACAAAGCUUUUCUAUUAAGCGACUUGUCGCGAAAGGAGACUACGACAAAUUAUUGCUUAUUAAAAUCUAACUAGCGGGUGUGGCGGGCGCUGUCUCGAAAUAUCAAACAUAUGCUGUUGUACAUAUAAGAGUGUUUAUAUCUAACUAA